AGUGUGACGUCAGUCCGUGUCUGUAUAAAGUCUCCGUGAACUGAUGGAGAAUCAUCAGAAAGCAGCGGCUCCAGGAACUCCAGCAGUGUUUCUUCAUAAACUCGUGUUAAUGUUGUGUGUGAAGAUGUUCGGCGUGUUCUCGGCGCUUCUGCUGGUGUGUGUGUGUGGGGUGUGUGUGCGCGGGAGCGCGGAUUUACCGAGAGAUUUCGGAGUGAAACUCUGCGGCCGCGAGUUCAUCAGAGCCGUGAUCUUCACCUGCGGAGGAUCCCGGUGGAGGAGAAGCGCCUCUCAGCCCGGUCAGCUGCUGCUGGACAGAGAUGAAGAGCUCAGCCCGUCUCUCUCAGAUCUGCUGUCCGUUCUGAGCGACACACACACCGGCGACCGGAAGAGAGAAACCGGCGACCGGCGGAGGCGGAACUUCUCUCUGGGACUGGCGGGAAUGUGCUGCAAUCAGGGCUGCACUAAAAACGACAUCGGCCGCCUGUGCUGAGACUCACUGAUGAUGAUGAUGAUGAAGGACUGAACUCUUAGAUUAUACAGUGCUUCAUUUGUAUUUAUUUCACAUCUGUUCAUAAAACCACAUGAAUAAACGUCAACUUCUUGAU